GAAAGGGCACUCAGCAACAUGACGUCACUUCCUGGAUGUAGGGGGGGAGACCAAAUGACAGCUGGUUUGUUUUCAUCAACAAGGGGGACCCAGCGUUGUCAGUAAAGUGACAUGUGGUGAUCCUCCUCCCUUAUCUGGUCUGACAGGAGCGCCAACAAGGGGAGUAGCUUUUUCUUUCUGCAGACUUCUCCUCUGUCCUUCCAUCCAUUCUGGAGUCGCCUGUACAGAUACGGCACCAAACAGCUGAUUGCAGCCACAUCAAAGCAGACGCCGGUUCAGAGGAGGCUGCUCAACAGGAAAGCGUCAUGGAGCCUCCAGAAGACAGGGAAGGUCGUUCCUUUGUGGAGGUUAUCAAUGAGAAGUACAGCCCAGAAAACUUCCCGUACCGCAGAGGGCCUGGGAUGGGAGUUGUGGUGGUUCCCACUGCAGGUCUCCAGGGUUCCCCCAUGAAGGACCGUCUAAACUUGCCCAGUGUGCUGGUGCUGAACGGCUGUGGGAUCAGCAAAGCAGGAGACCAGGCUGAGAUAGCUGCCUUCUGUGCUCAUGUUAUGGAGCUGGAUCUAUCUCACAACAAUCUUCAAGACUGGCAAGAGAUCAGUAAAAUUGCAUCAAGUAUCCCUAAUCUGGAGUUCCUCAACCUGAGCUCCAACCCACUGGCAGGAACCAUUCUUGAGCCGCAGUGUGCUGAAGCCUUUUCACGAGUGCGACGCCUUGUUCUCAACAAUACUCAGAUAUCCUGGGAUACAGUGAUGCUGCUGACCCAGAACAUUCCUGAGUUAGAAGAACUGUUCCUGUGCCUUAACGAGUACAGUAGUGUGAGUGCCUCCAGCGUGGCCUGCCCCACUCUGCGCCUCCUUCACAUCACCGACAACAGCCUGCACGAUUGGGCCGAAGUGGGCAAGUUUGGCUCCAUGUUCCCCAGCCUGGACACUCUGAUCAUGGCCAACAACAACUUGGCCUCCAUUCAGGACAGCAAAGAUAUCCUGGCACGACUCUUCCCCAAACUGCGCAGUAUCAACCUAAACAACUCAGGUCUCAACCGAUGGGAAGAUAUUGAGAAGCUGAACUUCUUUCCAAAGUUAGAGGAGGUGCGACUGCUGGGCAUUCCCUUACUGCAGCCUUACACCAAGGCAGAACGCCGCAACCUCAUGAUAGCACAGCUUCCCUCAGUAUCCCAUCUAAAUGGCAGUGUUGUGACUGACAGCGAGCGAGAGGAUGCAGAGAGGUUCUUCAUCCGUCACUACCUAGACUGCCCUGAGAAGGAGCUACCAUACAGAUACCAUUCCCUGAUAACCAAAUACGGCAAGCUGGAGCCGCUCGCUGAGAUCGACCUCAGACCUCGCUGCCGGGCUCAGGUCGAAGUUCACUGCGAGGAGAAAGUAGAACAGCUGUGCAUCCGUUUGGACCAAACCGUUGCUGAGCUAAAAAAGCAGUUGACGUCUGUGGUCCAGCUCUCCACCAACAGUAUGAGGCUUUACUACAUCAACAAGGACAGCGCCUUUGGUCCAGAAGAAUUGAAGUACAACAACCGGGCUCUCCACUCCUACAGCAUCCAGGAUGGUGAUGAAAUACUCGUAGUGCCCAAGACCAAGUAGAAGCCUUUUGUUUUGAAGCUUGAUAAGAAGGAUUUAGAUGUCUAGGACUAUGUUAAUUGCUUAGUUGUUAUUGCUUGGAAACACUUCUGAAACAGAAAAGCUGGCGUGUCUUUUUGAACGGAGAGAGGCAGUAAAAGGACGUACGCCAUCUUGGAGACUGGAAAAAGAAACUACGGUGGGCCGCAGGUUGGCUCUUGCUGAAAGUCCAGAGGUUAUAUAUUUCAGCUUUAUUUAAAGAGAAACUCAAGUGAGUUGAAAGAUUUUUCAUGCUAAAGGCUAAGAGAGCAACAUGGAUUCUGCUUGCAGUGUUAGCAGACACGAGGGCACUGCAGCAAAUCUCAGCUGCUUAUUUAUUACACGGCAUCCACCAAAGCACCUUCACGGACAAAUGCCCAGCACUUGCCCACCUGUUCAACACCUACUCUGGUUUUGGCAUAGCAAGAACCUGUUGCCACGUGGAGACGGACGGCUGCUCUCGGGUGCACUUUGGCCUUCGAUACUACAGAAAAUCUGCCUAAAUUGAAAUGUCAGAUGCAGGAAGGGUGAUUAAACUGGGUUCAAUUCAGAUGAAGGGUGUAACAGUCAUGUUUUUACAGUCCAUAUGAAAAUACAAGAAAUAUUAAACUGACCACCCCACCAGUAUUGUGUAGCUUACAUAGACUGAUGAUCCACAAUUGGUGCUUUUAUGAAACAUUAAUCUUGGUUACAGGCUAAUUUCCAAACUGAUUUCAAAAUUGAUAUAAACUAAAUGUAAAAUGUGUUUUCUGUUAACAAACUAUAAGAAAGUUGAUAGGAAAUGAAUAGAAAGCUUAAUUAUAUCAAUUUAUAACAACAAAUCCUCAGCUGCCACUAUUAUGUGAAAUCACAUUACACUGAGAUCUGAUAUUUGAUAUCAGAAACCUCUGCUUUAGUGUAUUCACUCACACAACCACAGGUGUUUAAUGUUGUAUGCUGCCACCUGCAGGCAUCUUUGCAAGGCAAAACUUGAUGCAUAAACACAACUUUUAUGACAAUUUAGUGAUUAGCCUUUAUGAUUUGACAAGUGUGUUUGAUUUUAACAGUUCUCAUUUAGUUUUGGAUGUUUUAUAAUUCAAAAAGGGAUUCUAUUCAGCAGAAUUAUUUAUCUCUCUACAAACACUAGAGACUGAGGGAUGUUGGUUUCUCUGAUCAGUAUCAUCAUAUUUUAAACAUACAUUUAAAUUUUAGUGCAUAAGCCUGCAACACAUUCCAAAUUAGACAUUUAAAGUAUUUCAGAGUGGAGAUGUUCUGGAAUCGGAGAAUCAGCCACUUUUCUUUAAACACAACAGCAUAACAGUAAGGAGUUUUCAUCCUCUUCAAACAUUCAGUUUUAAAUUUCUCCACUAGUUCUCUUUUUUACAUCAGAUUAUAAUCAUAUUUGGGUCAGUUUCUCUUUUUCCUUUGCCAUAACUUUGUAAGGUAAAUAAUAAUUUACACUGCAUUUUGGAGAAAUGUGUGAAUCUCCUAGGGGAAGACCCACAUGUUGUUCCGAAAUCUCUGCAGUACUUUUGUGCAUCAAUGCAGACAUUAUAGAGAUGAAAAUGAGGAUUAGGUAAAAAAUUACAAUGACAAUAAAAAUAACCCUGGCCUUGGGAUGAGAUGUUGAUACUCCUUUUCAUAUUCAGUCUGUGUACAGAACCUACAGUAUGAGGCUUUACUGUUGGUUGCGAGCAGUUUAAGCCUAUACACUAACGCCAUAGUCAUUUCAUGAUGUUCUGGACUGUUAAGGGAGAAAUAUGCAAAUUCCAUUUAUAUUAAAGGAAUAUUGAUUUAGUGCCUUGCAAUAUAAUUCACACUUCUACAUAGUUUGCAAAUUUGCAAGUACAGUUUUAAGGGAGUUUGUGUGACAAACCAAACCAAAGUAGUAAACUGGGGAGGAAGAUUUAUUUUAGUUAAUAAAAAAAAAAAACAUUACAUCUCUCAUCCAAAAAGCUUCUUCAGUUCUGAACAAAAGUGGAAAUUAUUGCUUAUGCUUACAGAAAGAAUAAUCACACUCAAAGAUCUGAAUCAUGCAACCCCUAUGUGUUUAUUCACAUCUCAAUUUGUGAAUGGUUGCAAAAACUGCCCAAAGAGACCGGACAAGGCUGCAUUGUAGCCACCACCACCUCUGUAGCCUGCAAUCUAGGGUGAACAUAGAAAACCAGAAAAGUUAGCCUGUCACAGAAGCAUCUUCACACCAAAUCAUAUCUACAAAAAUCAGAUGACUUCACAUAUUUUAAAUCCCAUUUGUUCUUUCACUUUACAAAAAGCCAUUCAUAGAUUGUCUUUAAAUGUGUUGCAGGCUUGAAAUGCAAAAUAAAUGGCACUGAAUGCAAAAUCUUCUUCAUUGAAGGUUUGCACUUCAUUUGUUCUCUUAUUUACAUUUUUGAAAUGCUGCAUAAGCAGAUGCUGGUCUUAGUAGUGGCAUUUAAACACACUUUUGACGCUGGGGACAUUUAUGUAUUUUAUUUUUUCAUUCCUUCUGCACAAAAACACUUUCACCAAACACUGAAUUGUAUCUUCAAAUCAAUAUUAUUACUGUGAUUGAAGUCAUUACAAUGUGGUAUAUAUAUAUAUACACAAUAGUUAUUGAUUUUAUGAGAACGUAUCCUUCUUGUAAAUAAGAAGCGUUGAGCUUAGGAAUUUGGUGCUAAUGUUUUCCUUUAACAAGCUACUUUACAGAAUCCCAAAAUAUUGUUACAGCUAUGGACAGCUAUGUUAGUGCUAUAUUACUGCUCUAAGAAUCAGCUCAACAAAGCUGAUUUGUUGAGCUUCCAAAAUGAAAUAUUCCUUCCUAGUUGCUCCUGGGAGACAAAUCUCUAGUUGUGGUCUGUUAACAAAAAGAUCCAGCUUUCUUUUUAGGAAAUCUGAAUUACAUUUCAAUGUCUGAAGUUCAAAAUCUUUCAACUGAUCAAGCUUGUGUAAUGUGCUACAUUAUUUGCCGGUUCUUUAGCACAAAGUUAGAAAUUAUUUUAGUUCUCCAUUCUAUUUGUAUAAGAGAAAGGGAAAUUUUAGAAGAUUUUUUUCUCCAUCAGAUAUACAUAAGAUUGAGACAAUGAUAAAACUGCUAUUUUUACCCAGGAAAACUUGAAUUAAAUUGUUUAACAUUAAUAACAAAUUAUUUAAGAAACUGUUUUAAAUGUUAAAGUCUAAUUUGCUUUGACAUUGAUAUUCUUAGCUCUCUAAUCGAUGGUUAACUGUAUUUUACUUUCCACUUGAAAACUAAAGAAAACUUUAUAUUUGAGUAAAUUAGAAAUCUCCGUUUUAGAGCUGAUGCUCCAAAGUUUUUCCCUUAUCUAGAGUGUUUGUUCUCCAAAUCUGCAGCUAUACGUGAAUAGGUGUUCAUGGAGAAGAAAAAACAAAGUCGGACCCUUUUCUCUAUAUUUGAUCACGACAGUUUUGAAAUCAGUGUUAGUGUAGCAUGAAUUGCAGCCAUAGUAAACAGAACAAAGAGGCAGUAAUGUAGUGCAAACACCAACAAUCAGGUUCCCAGACUACUACCUGAACGUGUCUUAAUCAACGUGAGCUUGUUUGGUAUAAGAGAAUGUUGCAUUAAUUUGCGGCGAGGGAUGAUAUAAUGAUAUGCAUGUUAUGUAUUUAUUGAUUGUGCGAUCACAAGGAACGUUUUUACACCUGCCUAGAUCCAUAGAGCAAUUCACUUCAUGACACUGUGUCUUAAUUUAACACAGAGUGAAUGAUUUCACGCCUUUAUGUAGAGAUUUAUCAUUUCUUGAAAUUCUGGUGUAAUGUUUCUUCUGUUGUGAGCUAAAAUUUUGCCUUUCACAGCCCCUUAAAGUACCAUACAGAUUUUUUGUAAUAAAAAAAAGAUUUGAGUUAUGUUUGAUUGACAUAAGACGUUGGCAUCAAAUUUUUCAUAUUUAAAAUCCACAAGUAAAAGGCUUAAAAACAUCAAAACUCCCACACACAUAUAGGUCCUUAAUUGCAAAGUUUUGUCUUUAUUAUUUUCUGAAGUUCCUCUUUACCUGUUUGGUUCGCUGUUUUGUGCUGCAAUUUUUGCAUAAUAUCAAAGUAAAAGAACCAUCAAUAUCAAGCAUCAGUUUCCAGAGUCAAACUGAGAGGUUUUCAUUUCAAGAACCAUCUUUUAUUAAUUAUUCAGCAGUUCAAGAUGAAGACAUCCACGACAAAAACCAAAACCACACCAGCAGUAUCUUCAGUAGAUCAGAAUGCGCUUCAAUUUUAUUAUAGAUAUCUUUACUUUUAUUAAAAAUAUGUGUGUUUCAUGUUUUUUGCGCAUUGAUGUACUAUAACUUAAAACAUUGUACAAAAUUUUGUUCAGUAGCCUAUUUGAAAAGAAAUUCUUUAUCUGCCUUUUUUUCUUUUUUUUUUGCCAAGAAUAACAUGAGGUGAUUAAACCACAUAUAUUUCUACACACUGGAGAUUGUUAGCUUCGCUUAGCAAAAAAAAAAAAAAAAAAAAAAGAAUGGGGAAAGAAGGCAAAUGGGAAAGAAUACACCUAUAUGUUCUUCUGACUCUGUUAAACCUUGAUCUUAGUGCAGUUAUAUAUAUAAGUAGAGGCUAUUGUUUCUAACUUCAAUGUUCCCCUUUUGCAGGAUUUUGUGCAAAGGGGACCUAAUUGUGGUGUUAAAUCUCAGAUUUUUACCCAUCUAGUUGAAACCUACAUAAUAUCCUAAAAACAGGCAUAUCUUAAAAUAUUAUGUGGUAAAAUAAUUCACAAUGAGUGUUAGAAAAAAUGCUAAUAAAGCCUAUGGAGAGCACAAAAUGGUGGUAAUGUCAUUUAAGAAGUUGGGUACCAUCCCACUAAUGCUGGAUUCUGUUUAGUUCUAGAAGUAAGAAAUCUCGAAGUUAGAGUCUGAAAGAUCAAUUAGAGGUGCCUUAACAACCCUGACCUCAAAAUCCAAUAUGGCUACCACAUGUAAAGUCAUAGCUUCAGUAAAAUUGUUGAUUUAAACAGUUUACUAUUGAUAUCCCUGCUAGUUUUUUGUUCUCUUGGCAAAACUAGCAAAUCACUUUCUAUUUUUUUUUUUUUAGGAUCUGCCUGACAAGAGUGCAGGAACUUUCUUUAAAACCAGUGAUAUCUAGAGUUUAAAGAAUACUGUCCAGCAUGUUUUAGAUGUUUCCAUCACACAUCUGAAUCAGUUGAAUAAUUCAUUAGGAGAACUCCUUCAGAACUCAACAACGCUCUGAGAAGUGCAGAAAAUCAUCUAAAAAAAAAUGCAAGCCACUGGUCCUUGCGUACUGGAGUUGGACAUUCCUGGUUUAAGGCUGCACUGUCCUGGAAAAUUGAUGUUUUCUGCUAACGUGCAUUCAGUAUGGGCAUUCAAGAGUUCUGUGAAAUGUGGAGGGCCAAACUGUCCAAAUUAUAUACAAAUAAUUUGUUAAAUCAAUAUUCUGCAUCUCAGAGUCUAAAUCAUGGAUGGAUUUAGAUCCAUGAUUUAAUUUUGCAAAUCUCAUUUGUAAAAUUGUUAUUUCAAUGAAAUGCACAACACUUAAAAAAAAAAAUCUCAUCUCUCCCAUCUGCAGAGGCUGUAAUGAAGAAGGUUGUGGAUUUGACUCCAGGCCUGGGGUCUUUCUGCAUUUAGUUUCUAACUAUGCAUUAAUGGGUUAACUCCUGGUUCUGUCUUCAUUAUGGUCUAAAAACAUUCAUGCUAAGUUAAUUGGUCUUUGUGAAAUACCCUUAGGAGGGAGUUUAUGUUUGCAUGGUUGUCUGUCCUGUUUUUCUCCUUGUUGCCCUCAUGACCUGUCCAAGGAGUACCUUGUAUCAUAACAACUGGAGUAAGGCACCAACCGCCCACAACCCUGUAAAAAUAAGUUGCUUUAGACUGAUAAAUGCCUUGCAGUACACCAUGACUACUUUGGCAAAUAGACCCCAACAUUAAUGGCUCACUUGCCGAGCAAGUUCACUUCAGGACACAUUAUUUGAACAAUAGAACUACUAUUUUCACUUACUGAUUGACCUUUGUUUUUAAGUGCCAAAAAUUAUUUAAGUCAAAUAAUUAUAAAUGGAUUAAUUGUGCAUUUAUUAAUUAUGUGUAAUUUUUCAUUUAUUUGAUUGUGAUACAUUUGGACCUCCAUAGGUAUUAUCUUUUCAGAUUUUCAAUCUACACUGUCAAACAUCUUGCAGUUUUUGUAUGGUACAUCAUGCCACUAAUUAAUUUACUAAAUCAGUACUUGUUUCUGUGGAUUUAUCAACAAGCACACUUCAUAAUAUGUCUGUUUUGCUUAUAUUUCCCUACAUUUAUAGAAUUAUUUUGAAUCAAAUGAGAUAUUUCUGCAGGUAAUACGCACCAGUGUUUAAGUUAAUCAUUUCACACAGUCUCAUCUGUGGCAAUUAAAUCAUGAUUUUGCUUUCCAAGAACCCGUAGAAAGUCUUUUUGUUUUUAAAGAUCAGAGUGAGUCAUCUUUCUUGGGAUGAAAGAUGCGUCACUGAAUGUGAAUAAAUGGCCGUCUCCCUC